AAGUUUAGUGCCCGAGGCCGGCCUGUAGCCAGUUGAGGCUGGAUUCCCCCCGCAGCUCUGUCAGUGGACGUGUUCAGGCCUCGAUAUGUAAAAAACAAACAAACAAACAAACAAACAAACAGCCCCGGUUCGCGGCUGCGGGAUUGAUAAGCAGCUGCCAAAAUGACCACUAUCGUCCAUGACACGUCGGAAGCAGUGCAGCUGUGUCCUGAAUACAACCUCUACUUGAAGCCCAUAGCCAAGAUGACCGUCAGCGUGGCCCUUCCCCAGCUAAAAAUGCCCGGCAAGUCCAUCUCGAACUGGGAGGUAAUGGAAAGGCUGAAGAGCAUGGUCCAGCCGGAGCAGUUUUCCUCGCUGCGCAUCUCCAAAAGCACCAUGGACUUCAUCCGCUUCGAGGGCGAGGUGGAGAACAAGGGCAUCGUCAAGAGUUUCCUGGCCAAGCUGGACGGCAAGAGCAUCAAGCUGAGUGGCUUCACUGACAUCCUGAAGGUCCGGGCAGCUGAGAACAAGGUGGACUUCCCGACCCGCCAUGACUGGGACUCCUUCUUCAGGGACGCCAAAGAUAUGAACGAGACAGUUCCCGGAGAACGUCCAGACACCAUCCACCUGGAGGGACUUCCAUGCAAGUGGUUCGCCAUGAAGGACAGUUCCUCGGACAGGCCUUCGGAAUCUGUCCUGAAGGCCGUUUUCGAAAGCUUCGGCAAGAUCCGCAACGUCGACAUCCCCAUGCUGGACCCCUACCGGGAGGAGAUGACCGGCAAGAACUUCAACACCUUCUCGUUUGGGGGACAUCUUAACUUUGAGGGAUACGUGCAGUAUGAGGACCACACCGGCUUUGUGAAAGCCAUGGACACUCUGAGAGGGAUGAAGCUGAUGUACAAGGGAGAUGACGGCAAAGCCGUGGCGUGCGGCGUUAAGGUGAACUUUGACACGACCAAACACCUGAGUGACUCCUCGCUGAAAAAGAGGCAGCAGGAGCGUCUGAAGCUCCAGGAGUUGGAGAGGCAGAGGGAGGAGCAGAAACGGAGGCAGAAGGAAGAGGAGGAGAGACGCAAGGAAGAAGAACGGAAGCAGCGUGAGCUGGAGGAAGAAGAGAAGGAGAAGAGGCGGGAGGAGAAGCUGAGGAGGCGUGAGCAGAAGCUGAAGGAACGGGAGGAGAAGAGGAACCAGAAGAAGGUGAAGAAGCAGCAGGAGGAAGAGCAGAAGAAGCUCCACCUGAAGAUCGCCACGGAGGAGAGGAAGCUGCUGCUCGCCCAGAGGAACCUCGAGUCCAUCCGACUGAUCGCUGAACUGCUGAGCAGAGCCAAGGCCCUAAAGCAGCAGCAGCUGGAGCAGGAGAAGGCUGAGCUCGCCCGGCAGCAGAAGGCGGAGCUUGCCCGGCUCCAGCAACUAGAAGACAGGCGGCGGCAGCAGGAGGCAGAGCUUCGGCGUGUGGAAGGGGAGAAGGCCCGGGCUUUGGAGCUCCAGAGGAAGGAGCGGGAACUGAGGGACCGACUGCUCGGAAACCUUCUGAAGAAGAGCACCAACGCUGACCGCCAAGAAGAGGAGGAUCCUGGGUUCUCCGCAGAAUCGCCAAACAACGUAGACCUGCAGGGCUGCGAGACACAAUCCCAGCUGAACGGAGUCACCCGCCGAGUGGACGGAACCAAGCCUGUUGCUGCCGCACCCUCGGUCACUGGGGUGCGCCAGGAGAACAAACCCAGGAAGCAGGAGAAGCCGAGCAGAGAUGACGAGCGGAGAGGCCAGAGGGAGCGGAGACGUAGCCGAGAGUUUUCCAGCAGCAGGCACGGACGUGGCGACCAGACUCAGAACCGCAGCAGAGGGAAGAGUCACGGGCACAGAAGUGGCCGGACCCGAAGCAGAAGUAGGAGCGGGCGGAGGCAGAGCAGGAGCGGUAGGCGGUGCAGUCACGAACGGAGCCGCAGCCACAGGAGGAGCGGAAGUCGAAGAAGCCGUGGGAGGCGGAGCCAAGGGAGUCAUGGGCGGAGCCAUCGGUAUAGUCACGGACAGAGCAGCAGUAGCAGCAGUAAGAGCAGCAGCUCGAGGAGUAGAAGUAGAAGCAAGAGUCGUUCCUCUAGCCGAGGCCGCAGACGGAGCUCCUACAGCCGCUCCGGACGGCACUGAACAGACUUGAGACUGCUUAGCAUAUCGCUAAACAGCCGACUGACGAGCGAUUGUUUCAGGAAUAGUUUCACAAAAAUGACAGUUUUCCUCUUUACUACAAGUGUAGUCAGUCAGACAAGACAUGUUUGGUGUCACAGUUUGCUCUUAGGACCGUGAAACCAUUCAAAUAAUUAAUUUAGAUUUAAUUAAUUUCUUUCACUCAAAUUUAUUAUCUUUUAAAAAGCAGUGCGUUUUGUUAUAGCUGUAUGAGUGGACAAAAUAGGCUAUAUGCAAAUAUAUUUCUUACUAAUUCAGUAACAUUAUUUUCAUCAAGCAAACGCGCAACCUGACCUGGACCAUCAUGAUUUCCAUCACAGUUUCCGGUUUUCAUCACUAACAUCCAGUGAGAGCAUCAGUGGCUGCAUGUUCCAACCUGUGAGUGUGUGUGUGUGUGUGUGUGUGUGUGUGUGUGUGUGUGCAUGCAUGCGCAGUCAACGGUUCCAGCUAUGCAGCGUCUGUAUCCUCUCGCUCUCGUUCAUACAGCCUGUGGAUUCAUGUUACAGUCGAGGCCGUGGGAGGGGAACUGGAGCGUUCCUCUUUGCUGUUGCUUUUGUUAGUUUGCUGCUCGUUGAUUUAUCCAUAGAGCAUUGUCCAGUGUAGUCUGCUGAAGGCAAAGCGCUAACAUUACUUAUAUUACUGAUAUAUUACUGAUAUUGCUGCAUUAGUGGUGUGUUUUGCUUGUAAAUGAUACUUCAUAUUUAACAUGAUGAGCGAACAAUAUUCACAGCAAGGCAUUUGCUGGAAAUCAUUUUGAAGCUCGCCAUUUAAAAGCAGCAUCUGAACGAGAGGGCUACACUCGCAGAGCGACAGUGCACUGCCGCUGGGCUGCAGGUUGGAAUUACAGAUGGUUUGAAGGGUCAAACUAGGAAAAAUGCAUUAUUGCGUUUACGCCACGCCGUUUGCUUCUUUUAGUCUUGGCACUGGGGAUGUGAUGCUAAUGUAGCUAACAGUUAAUUUAGUUAUAAAACCGAACAGUUAGCAUGGUGCUAAACUCGGUUCUGUUGUUUACUAAUCUCUAAAAGACUUGAACAUGUAGUUUCUGAUGCCGAAUGACUUUGAUCUACAGACGUGGACUGAAGAAUGGCUUUGUUAGCUACAUUAGCCUUACAGCCACAGCGCAAAACUAUAGAAGCAAACUUCAGACACCAAGCAUGUCAUGUCUGAUCUACUAUGUUUGGCUUAAGGGGAAAAACUGUGUGAAUUCGAUUUUUCGCUGGGUGUUUCCGUCGCCAUGAGCAUGCACAACAGCAAAUGAUUGGCUAGUGUAUUCUAAUGCUGCUGAAAACGGUGGACGAACACCUGUCCAGAAGUCCUGUGAUGAAGUCAGGGCAGGAUCCAUCGUCCUUAGGUGCUCUUUCUUCAGUGAAACGUAUUAAAUGGGAAUUCCAUCUCGGUUUUCCCAAAUUUUCUGCAUAAUUCAGUGUUCGAGGUGUAAACAGAGAGAUCCAGAGGGUUUGGUGCGAAACGGUCCAGACGUCUUUACAGUGGUGCUGAUGGG